AUGGUCGUCCAGGAUCCGACAAUCGAAGGCAAACUUGUUCGCCUCCGUCCAUCACAGAUUAACUUUGAUGUCCAAUCGACAUCAGCGAAACCAAAAGCGAUGUUCCUCAAUCGUCCGCUCAUUGUACUUAUGGAGUUCCUGGGAGUGGAGACCAGUCGAAUCAUUGACUUGCAGGACGAUGCAAUCACUAAAGCUCAAUCCCAACACGGACUGGGAGCAUCGUUCCAUCUACCAUCUCUCUUCAGAAACCUGUCGUCCAUUUUGCAGCUGGAUGUUGGAAAUACGGAGGAAGAAACAUCUCAGUCACGAUGGACAAGUGAGCUAAUAGAAAGUAUCCUGCAUUGCGUCGAAACGCACAUCUUGCGGGAGUUGAAGUACCGCACGCACAUAGAAGUGCCGGGUUCAUAUACCUUGCUUGGUGUGUCCGAUGAAUGGAGCUGCCUCAGGGAAGGAGAAGUCUACACAGCCGUGUACGAUGAAAGGACAGGAUUGAACAAACAAAUCCUGGGCAAGGCCGCCAUAACGCGCAGCCCGCAGAUUCAUCCAGGCGAUCUGCAAGUCGUGACGGCUGUUGACCGCCCAGAGUUGGCGCACCUGAAGAAUGUCGUUGUGUUCUCUUGCGAGGGUCAGCGAGCACUUGCGUCGUGUCUGGGUGGGGGUGAUCUUGAUGGCGACGACUUCAACCUAAUCCUUGAUCCGAAGCUGCUGCCAACGCAUUACGGCGAACCUGGAGAGUAUCAGGCAUUACCCAUUAAAAGAACAGAAGCCCCAUGUGACAUCUCCGAUGUCGUAGAUUUCGUAUUUGACUAUAUCGAGGCGCACCUCGUCGGUCUCAUCGCCAUACACCAUCUCAGGUUUUCUGACCUGGAGGAUCCAGGUUGCGCGGAGUGCAUGGAACUCGCGAAAUUGGCCUCUCACGCAGUCGAUUUUCCGAAGAGUGGCACUCCCGUCAAUUUUACUCAACUUCCGAGGUUCAAGUCGAGGAAUCAGCCAAAGCCUGAUUUUCUUGCCAAAGAAGGCGCCGAUCUUAACAGUGACCAAUACUACAACAGUAAAAAGCUGCUCGGACAACUCUACCGUCGGGUACCAGUGAAGAGGUGGAUUCCUCAAGAAUGGAACGAGGACCGCUCUCCAUCUGAUGGAGCCUCUGUGGAAGACGCGCUCUCUCGCGUGGGCCUCCGUAACCUUGGUCUUUUGGGAUUGACUCCUCCAACUCAAGAGUUAAUCGAGGAGAUGACAUAUCUACUCGAAGCAUAUUGUGAGCAGCUGUUGGUGAUCGGGCAAUCGCACACCAUUUUGAAAAACAAGGACAGCCACGUUUCUGAAGCAGAAUUGCUGAGCGGGACUAUUAUGGCAAAUUGGUCUGAUCAUCGUCGUCGGCGAGACGCAGUCACUGCAAUGAACUUGCAGACACGUGAACUCGUCCGUGUGGUCAGGGCAGAGCUCCUGGUUAAAGAUUUGGCGGUGUCGGAAGCAGAGAUGUAUCCUGAUGAAGAGGAUGAUUAUGAUAAUUGGACCUUCCGCGAAGAAUUUGAUGAUACAGAACAACGAAGUAUGGCAGAGACGUUCAAAUGCUCUUGGGCAGCGUGGUGCGUCGCGGAAGAUACCCUUAAGGAAGAAUCGAGGAUGUUUGGAGCCCAGAGCUUUGGUUUAAUCGCUCUGGGCAGGAUGCUCGAGAUUGUGAAGGAGUCUCUUAUGAUGUAAAGGAUCGAGCGCCAGAAGUUGGCCUUCAUACCAGUGCACUGUAACGAAAUUGUAUACCAUAGGAACCCAGAGGAGCUCAUGAAAUGAUAAAAGUUGUGCAAAAUUGAAA